UUCUGUCAUUGCUUCGUCAGAACUUGUGAAGUAAAGUUGUGUGAAAGAAUCGUGCGGAAUAAAAAUCGAAAGAAAAAAAAUUAUCAGAAAAAUGUCUGACUUUAGAUCUCAAUCUCGCAGUGGUGGCGGACGUGGUGGACAGGAGUUCACUAACAACGACGAUGAUCCGCCAAUGUCGCGUCUGUUUAUAAUUUGCAACAAGGCUCACACCGAAGAGGACUUCCGCGAGGCCUUCUCUGAGUACGGAGAAAUCGAGGAUAUUUGGGUGGUGAAGGACAAACACACACAGGAGAACAAGGGAAUCGCCUACGUAAAGUUUUCAAAGACAUCAGAUGCGGCCAAAGCGCAGGAGCAGAUGAACGGCAAGACGAUUGGAAAGCUGGAUCGCACCCUUAAAGUCCUAGUGGCAGCCAACCGUAACCAAGGCUCGAAUAAGUCCGAAAAUGAGCAGGAGAAAUAUGUUAGGCUGUUCAUAGUGAUUCCGAAAUCGGCCACCGAGGACGAUAUUCGCGAGGAGUUUUCUCAGUGGGGUGAAGUGGAAGCGGUCACAAUUGUCAAGGAGAAGGGCACUGGAGCCCCUAAAGGCUUCGGCUAUGUCAGAUUUGCCAAGUUCUAUCAUGCAGCUGUCGCUUUUGAGAACUGUUCAGCUAAAUAUAAAGCUGUCUUUGCUGAACCCAAGGGUUCCACUCGCUCUCAGAGGGACCAAUACGGUCGUCCUUCCGAAGACAAUCCGGUUUACAGCGGAUCGGGACGUGGCAAUUCUAAUUUCAAUGGAGGUGGAGGAAAUGGUAGCGUUGGUGGCGGCAACUAUAACAACGACUGGAACGUGUCGCAAAACAACGACAUGGCGGCCUUCCUGCGCAUGCAGAAUGUCCCUGUGGCCCAGCCCUCUUGCCUUGAGGUAAAUGUGAGCAACUGCGUAAACCAGGAUCAGCUCUGGCGACUCUUCGAUAUCAUUCCCGGCCUUGAUUACUGCCAAAUCGUGCGCGAACACGGACCUCGCACCAAUGAAGCCUUAGUAGUCUAUGACAACCCCGAGGCUGCUAUUUAUGCAAAGGACAAACUUCACGGUCUGGAGUACCCUGUCGGUGAACGUAUCAUUGUGAAAGUCAAUGGAAUGAGCUCGUCACGAAUGGACACCUCCUUUAUAGACAAGCGGACCAAAAAGGAUGCAAUUUGCAACGUUCCCUUACCCGCUACUCAACCACUGGCCUCACCAGACACCCAGGUGGCUCAGCGUCUGUUCAUUGUGCUCUCAGCGAAUUUGCCGCAUUCGAUAUUGAAAAACGUAUUCUCCUGCUGGUCGGGACUGAUCGACGUCUAUCUACUGCCCAAUAAGAAUUGCGGCUACGUUAAGUAUGCUGAUGUAGAGAGCGCCGAAUCGGCUAUUCAAACUCUGAACGGUGCUGAAAUUUGCGGCACUAAAAUUAAGGUCAUGGAGGCGGAGGAGCGCAACGGAUCUGAUGGCGAAGACGGUGGACGCAAACGCUUGAGGCGCAACUGAGUACCCACUGACAAGCAAGAACUAACAGAGAACGCAAUGUACGAGUACGUAACUAACUUGAGAAUACAGUCCGUUAAAAAAUAGUUGAACUGAAACACCACCAAAAACAACCAUUAACCAAACAAACCACCACAACAAGAACACUCUCUUAACGGAAUGCGAAAAUACAACAACCACGAAGACUGGAGGACAUUGACCAGAACCCGCGAACCAAGACGGGUUAACAAACAGCCAACGAAUUCAUCACAUCCGUUGACUACUUGAUUGACUUAUUGCUCUCGAAUACAACUUUCAUAGAAAUAUGCAUGCAUAAGAUGUUUGCAUAUUUUUAUUAGAGUUAUUUACGAGUUAUAUAAUGUCGCAUAUACAUACCGCUUAGGUGACUAUGAAUCUACCCAUAAUACAGAAACGAACUCUGUUAAACUUGAACUAUUACUAACGAAUUCCGACGACAUCUAGCGAAGAAAUGAAUUCAAACAUAAUGAAUUUCUCAAGAGUAUUGGCACGAUUUUGCCGUGCAAAAAUAUUUCUUUUCAUAUAUAUUACAUUUAAUCAAUAUAUUACUGUAAAACACAAGAAACAAAAAUAAAUAAAAUUGAAUGGGCAACCCAA